CAUCCAUCCAUCCAUCCAUCCAUCCAUCGCUCCGCUUUACCCACCUGCGCCAGCCGGUCCACGCCAGCAACGCGACACGGGAUGUCCACAGCACAGAUCUCCAAAACGGAGAUGGUACCCCUGCAGCGUGCAGGGAGCGUGAAGAAGCGGCGUGCAUCUCAAGGACUGCUUCUGCACCAUGCAACAAGCUCUCCACAGACUGCGCGGCGCAUGUCACGCACAUCCAUCUCGUUUCCAUCCAUCCUCAACUCGUCAUCACUGCAGUCCUUGGACGCAAGCUCCACAUCCAUUGCUUCCAGCGCAAGCGAAGGCGCCUCGCCCAGGCGCGCCCCUGAACAUCACACAGAUUUUGACGCCAGGGUUGAUCCGGAUACCAAUCCACUGGCAUACAACCCGUUGCUUGAUCCACACGUGCAGCGCCACUUGCGCCGCCCCGGCGUCAAGAAGACGCUCAAGCGCACCGGUACCAUCACCGACGACGGCCAGCUCCUUGCCACAGCCAACGAGCGUGCGUUGAAGACGUUUCACACAGAGCUGACACGUGGACAGAAGAAUGACGCUUACGAGCAGCGUGUGGCCCGCAUGAAGAAACAGCAUGAGUCGCUGCAACGGGAGCGGGAGGCGGCCCUGCGUCGUGUCAAGACGCGGCGCAAGAAGGAAAAGCAGGCCCGCGAUAACUACAUCAAGCGCCUGUCACGUAACAGGAAGAGCGUGGUGGACUACGCGCUGACGGAGCGUGAGCGCAUCUUCCUUGAGGAGCAGAAGGAGAAAGUGGAUAUUAGGAAACAAGAGGAUGAGCUGCGGCACCGCGAGCUCAUGGCGAGAAAAACACUGCAGGACGCAGUCAAGGACAAGCGCGUCAAGGAGGACAGCGCUGCGCGGCAGGAGGCGGUUGAGCACGCGCACCGGGCGGCGGAGCAGCAGCUGCAGCGGGUGCGGCUGGACAUUGAGGAGCGAAAGAGGCGACAGGAUGAUUUGCGCAGGCAGAUUGAGGAGGAGAAGAGGCGCAAGCAGCAGCACGCCAUGGAGGAGGCAAAGAAGGAUCGCAUGGUCCUCGAACACGCCAUCCAAGAGCAACAGGAAGAGCAGGAAGAGCUGAAUAAACAACGCGCUGCCCGUCGGCAGGAAGAGCUUGAGAAGCAGAAAGCGGCUGCGGCGGCGCGGGAGCGGGAGAUGGAGGAGCUGCGCCGGCGCCAGGCAGAGUUUGAACGCCAGCAGCGGGUGCAAGCGCGCAGGCUUGAAGUUGAGGCCGAGCAGGAACGAAAGGCGCGCGAACUGGCUGAGAAAGAGGCGCGGCGAAAGGCGCGAGAGGAACACGAGCGCCAACAAGAGGAGAAGCGCCGUCGCUUCAAGGAAAUGGCUGAGCGAGAGCGGGCGGAGCAGCGGCGGAUUCGGCAGGAGCGGGAGGAGGCCGCACGCCGCGAGGUCCACGAGAAGCGCAAACGCGCAGCGGAAGAAAAGGCGCGACGCGAGGAAAAGCGCAAGCAACUACAGAAGCAGCGCAGGGAACAACUUCAGGAGGAGUUGCGAAAAGAGCAGGAGGUGCUUGAGGAGAUGAAGCGGGAGCAGGAGCGCGCACUCAUGGACCAGCUGGAAAGGCUGCGCAUGAUCGAGGAGGAGGAGGAGCGAGCGCGCAAGCGGGCCGAGGCGCAGGCGCAGCGCGUGGCGCGGGAACGAGAGGAACGCGAACGCAAGGAGAGAGAGCGGGCAGAGCGUGCUGCCGCUGCACUGGCCAAGCGGGCGGAGAUGAAGAAGAAGAAACAGGAGGAGGAGCGCAAGGCGGCGCUGGAGCGGCAAAAGGCCGAGACGGAACGAAGAAUCAGAUACAUCCAGAAAUACGGCCCGUGACCACCGCACUGACCGCUGAUUACGCUCCACACUCCACACUCCACACGCUCCAUAGCCACACACGCACACGGUGCAUGCGCAUCACUGUGCCGCGUCCGCACGUUGCCGGUUGGAGCUGUCUCCCUCUCUUCUUGGAUCGUACAUAAGCUCGCUCGCGUGUGCCUUUUGUGUGCAGGAGGCACCCCCCCCCACCCCCAAUGCCUCUUCUCGUUCUCGUGAAUGCCCUUUGUGUGGGGUUGGUUGUUCUUUCGUUGCCAUUGGUUGAGUGGUUUGUUUUGUUUUGAAGCACCCCUGCUUUGUGUUCUUUCAAAAGUGUCUCGAUUGGUGAUGUUUGUGCACUUUCUUCGCUUGCACACAGCUCUGCCUUGUUACAUGGCUGCAGCCGCCUGUUUUCUCUUGCCUCGCACAUGUUGCGUUUCCUUGGCCAUCAUGCUUGUGCUCUGUAUGUGUGCAUGUAUAUGUGUAUGUGCAUAUGCGUGUGUUGGCUUGUGCAACAUCGACGCUGCGCUUGUUCCUGGUGCUCUUGAGUUAUUAUUCCUUGUGUGAUAGACUGUUGCCUGUCUUUGUGCGUGUGUGUAUGUGUGUUGUUUUGUGUGCGAUGUGUGUGCGUGUAAUUUGUGUGCAUAGUGCCGCUCACGCACACCUGCGUACGUGUCCAUGUUGUUACGUGGCACGACAUGCGUGCCGUGGUGUGAUUCUGAUGCUUGACAACUAAGCCAAUCGUGUGGUGCUUUCACGACCAUCAACGACAAACAGAAGGAUGACAACGCAGCAAACACACGCACACACGCA